AUUUGUGGAGACUCUGGGAUAUAGGUUGGAUUAAACUUCUGUGAUGGGUCCAUCGGCGUCUUGACACAACACUAAGCUUCUCCUGGAUCUUUGAAACGUAGCAGAAACUGAUGACGGAGCCUCAAAUUGCUACAAGGUAGCCCGGAAAGAGCAAGAGUGAGUGUACUUUGGAUGAAGGGAAUGUGGACCCUCAGGACUAAAGCAGUGGGAGAGGCCUGGGAGGUGGGGCCUGGGGAGGGCGAGGUCUGCUCUGAAGUCACCAAGCCCCUGAUCUUAGAAGAGAUGGUGGGCGCAGGCUCUGGAGGCUCAAGCGGAGGAGGGGAAGGAGGCGAGUCCGGAAACCCUCGGCCAAUCAGAGAGGGCUGGGGCGGCGCCUGCUAGAAGGCUUAGCACUGCAGGGCUCUGGGCGGGAAGGCUAACCUGGUGCGGAGCCAGCCUGGGUCUCAGCCCCGCGUACGGCCUUUCACGAGUCUUCAAGCCUUCAGGCUUUCUUCUAGUCAAGAUGAGUGAUAAACCAGACUUGUCGGAAGUGGAGAAGUUUGACAGGUCAAAACUGAAGAAAACUAACACUGAAGAAAAAAAUAGUCUUCCUUCAAAGGAAACUAUCCAGCAGGAGAAAGAGUGUGUUCAAACAUCAUAAAAUGGGGAUCUCCUCCAAAGAGCAGAUUUCAGCAUUGCCUGACAGUCUUGGUUUUAGGCUUGUUUUUUUGUAAACCUGUGUGUUUGUAGAGAUUUCCGACAUCUUCUGAUUUCUUCUCACCUAUAUUCCCUGGUUAAGAGGUCAGGGGUAGUGAAUGUUUCCUUAAGUUCCUUUUUAAACUUCCCAUUGGUAUGUAAAUUCCAAAUGGCAGAUGCUGUCAAUAACCUUGCCAUGGAUGACCUUUGUGUAGGUAGUCCUUGCACCUCAUGCAGGAUAAGCCAAUUUUAACUUUCUACAAUGGGUGCCUCAAUAGUUUCAUAAUCUUCAUGAAGUUGCAUCCUUUGGCAGCUUCUUACAGUUUAUUUUCACUUCCAAUGUAGCAAUAAAAUAAUAAAUAUAAUUGUUAUUGUCUGAC